AUGGGCUUCCAUCUGUUGUUAACUCUUUGUCUGAUCUCAGGUCAGCUGUCCAUCAGGUUGGUGGGUUCUGGUGGAGAUUGUUCAGGAAGGCUGGAGGUUUUUCACAAAGGCUCAUGGGGUACAGUGUGUGAUGACUCCUGGGAUAUUAAAGAUGCUCAUGUGGUGUGCAGACAGCUGCAGUGUGGAGUGGCUCUCAGUAAUCAGCCAGUACCAGCCUGGUUUGGUCCUGGUUCUGGACCCAUAUGGCUGGAUGAUGUGAACUGUGAGGGGAAUGAGACGUCACUGUGGAGCUGCUCUUCACCAGUCUGGGGAGAUCAUGACUGUAAACACAAGGAGGAUGUAGGAGUCGUGUGCUCAGAGUUUAAAGAGCUCAGGUUAACUGAAGGCUGUGAAGGGAAUGUGGAGGUUUUCUACAAUGGAUCCUGGGGUAAUGUUUGCUACAAUCAGAUGAACAGAGACACAGCGAGUCUGAUCUGUCAAGAGCUGAACUGUGGAAGAUCUGCCAGUGAACCCAAUUAUUCAGGUGGACUGAGGUCUCAGAAUUGGUUGGAUUUCUUUAAAUGUCGAUCAGAUGACUCCACUUUAUGGCAGUGUCCAUCUUCACCCUGGGGACAGAAUUACUAUAGUAGAGAUGAAGUGGCCAACAUUAUCUGCUCUGGUGAGAUAGAAACCUCAUAAGACUGUUAUUUUAAUUUUAAGUAUUUUGGGUACAGUUUGUAAUUGUAUGUAUUAUCUAAAGGGUUUUUGAGAGUACAUGUUGUAAGAUAAUUUCCUAAAUAAGAUAGCACCUCCCCAAAGGACACUGCAUGGGGGCAAAGUGAGUGCGCGGGAAAAGCCACUCUCCACGAUUCACAGUGGACUUCCCACUGAGACACAUUUGGGUUUCAAAGACACACCUUUAGGGUGUCAUACAUUUGUAUUCUUUCUCUAAAAGCAAACUGUAUAUGAAAUGCUACAUGCACAAAGAAUCUAAAAUCUGUAUCUUAUUUGUUUUCUAUUGGAAUGUCUCAUUGCAAGUGGUUACAGGUCUCACUCAUAUAACAACAGAAUUCAAUGUUAAAGUAUAUGUGAAACUUCAUUCAAUGUUGAUAGACACCUCCCUUUCUAAGCAUAAACCAAUCACCCACUGUAUACAGAUUAAGGACAGCCCUUAGUUUUACCAACAACCAAUCAGCACCAAAUUCCUAUAUGCUUUGUUCUCUGGUUAUUUAAGGAGAUGUGUAGAAGAUUUAGACGGGACUUUCAAUAUCGAGAAAUGCACCCCCAUGAUGCUGUCCUUGCACAGCAUCAUGUAUUGUUAUUUUACUUUGAGGAAUCUGUAACCAGAUCUUCAUCUCCUUACCAGGUAUGCAAUGGUUUUUCGUUUGUUUCGUAUUUGAAUUGGAAUGUAAAUUGGCUUCUGAAUUAUGUUUUCUUACCUGGUAAAUAAAUUGUUACAUUUGUAUUCAUUCUAUCUUCUCUGUUUCAUUAACUAUUCUAAGCUACUAUAAGUAUUACGAGAUCCUUUAUCACCAUAAAUCUACGACCGGGGUAUAAAUUCAUGCUAAUUGUCUAUACCGAUGAACUUAGAGGUUCAGCCAUUACUUUACUAUAUGUGGACUAUCAGAUGAUAAGUCAGGACCUCUGAUCAGUAUCUCUACUAUAAUUAUAGUUUUGAGUUCUGUAUUAAGUUGGAUAUAGUUGGCUGGGUUGCAUAAUAUUUUCUAAUGAUAAUUAAGGGCACGCCAGCA